AGUCCAGAGAGCCUGGUAACGAAUUGUGGGAUAUUUGUACAACGUGGACUAUAAGAACCGACAUUUUUUGACUAAAAUCUUUCUAAAAAUCUUAUUCUAAACGUCUUUUCUCCUUCACAAAAAUUAACCAUGGGUAUACUAGAGAGGAUAAGUGAGAUCGAGAAGGAAAUUGCUCGCACGCAGAAGAACAAGGCGACAGAAUACCAUCUUGGUUUACUCAAGGCAAAACUGGCCAAGUAUCGGGCACAACUCCUUGAACCACCUAAAGGGUCAGCAGCAGCUAAAGGAGAAGGGUUUGAUGUUAUGAAAUCAGGUGAUGCUAGAGUAGCUCUGAUAGGAUUCCCAUCUGUGGGCAAGUCUACGUUACUGAGCAAGAUGACUAAGACCCAGAGUGCUUGUGCAUCGUAUGAGUUCACUACUCUCACUUGUAUCCCUGGAGUCAUCACAUAUAAUGGUGCUAAUAUACAACUGCUGGAUCUACCUGGUAUAAUUGAGGGGGCUUCGCAGGGGAAAGGCCGUGGUAGGCAGGUCAUAGCAGUGGGGCGUACAGCGGAUCUAGUGCUUAUAAUGCUUGACGCAUCCAAGGGCGAAGUCCAGAGAGGCCUCCUUGAAAAAGAGUUGGAGAGCUGUGGAAUACGACUAAACACCAAGAGGCCAGAUAUUUAUUUUAAGAUCAAGAAAAGUGGAGGGAUUAAAUUCAAUUCUACCUGUAGAGUGACACACGUUGAUGAGAAAAUGGUUAUGAUGAUUUUGCAUGAGUACAAGAUCUUCCAUGCUGAGGUGCUAUUUAGAGAGGAUUAUACUGCUGAUGAGUUGAUUGAUGUCAUCAGUGAUAACAGGAAGUAUAUCCCAUGUGUAUAUGUCUAUAACAAGAUUGAUUGUAUCUCUCUUGAGGAGGUUGAUCGUCUGGCUCGUUUACCUGAUUCAGUUGUAGUAAGUUGUGAAUAUGAGCUCAACUUGGACUACUUACUAGAGGAAAUAUGGGAUUACCUUGCAUUGAUCCGUGUGUACACAAAAAGAAGAGGUGAGCCUCCAGAUUUUCAAGGAGGUCUGAUUCUACGUCGUGGUUGCACAGUGGAACAUGUUUGUCACAGAAUCCACAGGACUCUAGUGGAUAACUUUAAAUAUGCCUUAGUCUGGGGGACCAGCACAAAGUACAGCCCACAACGAGUAGGAAUCAACCAUAUUAUGAACAAUGAUGAUGUCAUUCAGAUCAUGAAGAAAUGAAAACUAUGCUAAAGUUUACAGAUAUAAAAAUUAACAGUUAGUUAUGAUGAUAUUGUCACACAGGUCCUGCUAAAGUUGGCCAAAAAUCAUAAUCUAGCAAAUUUUGCAAAUAUUAUGGUAUUGCUUGAUGUUACUCGAUGCAGGUUUUAAACACUUCAGUCCUUCAAAAAUACAAAAUUUCACCCGCAUUUUGUGAAUUUAAGAAUGUUAAUUUUGUGCUCUGAGAUUUACCCCUUAUUUUACCCUUAUUUACCCCUAAUGGCAUUCAUUAAAAAUGCCUGGGUACUCCUAUAUUGCUAUGAGAAAUUUGACUAUUAAUUUUUUUUUCUGAUAAUUAAAAAAAAAAAGAAAUGCAA